AUGAGUGCUUGGGAUGUGUUGGUGGUUUGGUGUGUUUGUGGAUUUUGUGGUGUGAUUGCUUGGGAUGUGGUUGGGGAUGUUGGGGUAAAGGUAUCUUUGGGUGUGGAUGGGAUGGCGGUUGGAGACACGAUUGGGGUAAUGGGUUUGGUCUGGGUGGAGGGUGGGGUUGUGUCCAUGGCAGUGGGACUCUGUGGCGCGAUUGUUUGGGAUGUGGUUGGGGAUGUUAGGGUGAAGGUGUCUUUGGGUGUGGAUGGGAUGGCGGUUGGAGACACGAUUGGGGUACUGGGUUGGGUCUGGGUGGAGGUUGGGGUUGUGUCCAUGGUGGUGGGACUCUGUGGCGUGCUGGUUGGUGGAUUAACAGGUGUGGUGGAUUGUGGGAGAAUUGAAAUUGAAUUGGUCAAUAUGGUGGAUG